AAUAAUUAAUAAUUAAAUUUAUGCUAUUUAACUUAUACGUACCGUUCUUAUCUUAGCGAUUAGAAACUAUUGCAUUUUGUUUAAAUUUUUGGAGAAAAACAUCGCUCUUCUCUUCAUUAAUUCAUCUUGACAGCCACAGUGCGGACCAGUGAAUAUGGCUAGUAAGACUAGUGAGGCCAGCGAUCCGGAUCCCAAUACCACAAACACAGCCAACAGUUCUGCGGAUAUGAAAUAUCGCAUCGUUUGCUGCCAGCGCUGCCAUCAGAUGCUGGAUGUGGAUGCUAAUUUCUAUCAACUAGAAGAGGCGAUCCUUGCGGAACUAUCCGCGGAUCCAGCUCGGUCGCGCGCACCCUCCUUCCAGCCGAAAGAUGCACCUGUGUUUGAUGAGCCAAGCGGAACACUGGAUCUUCAAAAACGUCUGCAGCUAGCUUCCAUGGAGAAUCCAGAGAAAGACCAAGAUGCCUUGCCACUAGGUUAUAAAAAAUUGGUGUUUUCCGCGGAGAGUUCACAAGAGAAAAGCAAUAAAUUGCAGUUAAUGGAGUUGCUCUCGUCAGUGUCCACCGUCGACCAUCCCAUUUGCAGUUCGUGCACCGACAGUAUAAUGGAGGAGCUGGAACUGGAGAUUCAGGCUGUGGAAAAGGAGUGCGUGGAAUACGAGUAUUUUCUCAAACAGUUUAAGAAAGGAUUGGUAGACGGGGAGAGUGGACCGAAAGAAGGGGAUGUUGCUGCUUUGGAGCAGCAGUUGAGCGAAUUAAUGGACGAGGAGAAAAUGUUGAAAGAACAGCUCAUAGUGUCGGAAGAGGAGAAGAAGGAGUUGUUGCACAAGCUGGAUGAUAUGAAAAAGGAGCGGAGUAAGAUACAAUCAGCGGAACAAGAUUAUUAUCGAGAGCGGGCAGCUUACGAGCGAGAACUCGAUGAGCUAGAAGAAGAACAGGAAAGUGUGAACUAUCAAAUGAGGGUAGCAGAAAUGCUGCUGGACAAGCUGAAAAAGACCAACGUAUUCAACAUUGCUUUUCAUAUCUGGCAUCAAGACCAGUUCGGCACAAUCAACGGUUUCCGCCUCGGUCGACUUCCCGGCUCACCGGUAGAAUGGCCGGAAAUCAAUGCCGCUUGGGGCCAAACCGUUUUACUGUUGCACUGUCUGGCCAAGAAGAUGAGUUUCGCCUUCACGAAAUACAAACUUGUACCGUUUGGAAGCCAUUCAUACAUUGAGUGUCUGGAAGAGCAGAAUAAGAAACUGCCGCUGUACGGGGAUGGUGGAUUCAAGUUCUUCUGGGACUCCAAGUUUGACCAUGCUAUGGCAGCAUUUCUGGAGUGUCUGCAUCAAUUUAAGAUACAAGUGGAGAAGAGUGGCUCGCAGUUUUGUUUGCCUUAUGAUAUCGAUCCCGUGCACGGGAGGAUUCGUGAUGUGCACACUGGCGCCAGUUAUUCCAUUCGCGCCCAGUUCAAUUCGGUGGAACAGUGGACGAAGGCAUUGAAGUGGAUGUUAACGAACCUGAAAUGGGGAUUGGCAUGGGUUGUUGCACAGUUUGGAGAUAAUAACUGAAAAUUGUCGUGUUUGCCCGUAGACUAUAUGUAUAUGAAGUGUAACUGCUUUUGGCUUCUUUGGAAGAGCAGUGACAUUGUUACGAUUAAGUUCUGUCCUCUUCGACUGUUUGUAACAAGGCUGAGUGUGAACAAAUAAUUGUUUGUGCUUUUACGAGUAGCUCGGUAACUCUGUCGCUUGAAGCUGUGAUAUCAGUCAGAAUGCGCUGUAUUGUGGCGAAGAUAAAUAAGUACGUAACAGAUUUGACAAUGCGG